UAGUUCCUUGAGAUUUUAGUGCUAGUUUCAACAAGAUCCGUGCGAAACAUGUCUGACAUGUGCAUUGUUAGUCCAGUCUUCACCUGCUGCUCGGUCAGUUCAGUCAAAGGACAUUCCUUGCUCACUCUGCCAUAAUUUUUUUACCAUUUAGUUCAUUUCAAUUGUUUGCACUUAUCAUUGCGGCGGAGCUGUGUAGAAAUUGACCUGAUUUAAAGAUAAAAGCAAUCAUGAUGACUAGUGGUAUCGAUUCAUGGGGGGAGGAUUCACCUAGUGGCGAUCCGCAACGUUCUUCAACUUCAAUGGAACCUGGAAAUAAGGAUUAUCGCGGCCUGUGUGUAAGAACUAUUACAGAGGAGGACUUAGAAAAUUUGUCCAAGUCGUUGGUGGUACUAACUGACAAUGAUGUAGUUAGCGAGUAUGAAGAAGUUAAUGUAGAAGAAGAGGAAGAAUUAGGAGGAGGAGAACGACCGCUAUUGUAUAAAGUAGUAACUCCUGAGAUGGCUUUCAAAGCGGCGCAACAAAUUGUAGUGCCAACCGAAUUUUCAGAAGUAUUGGAACUUAAUACUGCAAGUAAAAGUAGGUGGAUCAGUCAUCAGAGUACUGGAACUGGAGGAUCUCGCUCCUGCUGUGCAUCAACCAUUCGUAUUUCGGACAACAAGGGUGAGUCGAGUCGGAAAAGUAUUGUUGUUGGAUCUCAUGAGCUGAUGAGGACUCAAAAACCCUCUUCCAAGCACAAUGAAACGAAAAUUUUGAAAGUGCAGACAACUGAAGGCGCUAGCAAAAGUGCAUCUUCGAAAUCCAAACAAUCGUCUACUACUCCACCUGGUCUCACGGCGGGUGGCGUCCUCGUAAAGGAAUCGAAAAAGAAAACUCAACUCGAACGUAAGAGUAAGAGUUCGCCUCAUGAAUCUAAAGAAUCCACAGCACCGUCGGCGUCAAAACAACGUCCUCGCCGUUCUUGCACCACCACUAGUUCAGUGGGAGAGCAAGACCAGCAUGAUUCAGAUUCCAACAGGUCUCCAUCUCCCAGCAGGAAGAAAGUGAAGAAACGAUUAACUUCUCCGAAAGUUCCUGUCGAGAGUUCGCGUCGACGAACUGCUUCGGCAAGAGGAAAGUCUUCUACAAGUAAAAAACUUUCUCGAACCACUAAAAAAGCGACUUCCGGGGAAAUAGAAGCGAAUGAUGCCGUCCCAGAAUGUCAAACCGUCGUAACGAUGAUGGACACUCAGCGAAGCACACGUUGCGGCAUCAAGACCGGUAUUGCUUGUAAGAAUCUAAGUGUAGUUGAAUAUCCGUGUCGGCGAUGCCAUCGCGAAUAUUAUUGCUCUGUUGAGCAUCAAGUAGCCGAUGCUAGCCGUCACCAGCCGUUUUGUAAAGUUGAUGCACAAUUGGAAGUCAUACCUUUCAACGAUGAGUAUUCCACGUGGCUCAAGAACAGUGCCCCUUUCCUGUACAAAAAGUGCCUCAACUUUGUUCUUGUCUGGCCGUCGUUGACGGUGGAAUGGCUUACACCUACAAUUAAUACUAAGCCCCAACUUUUGCUUGGAACGAACACUGGGGACAACGAGCCCAAUCAUUUGCUGAUCUGUGAGGUUGACAUGAAAAAUGAUAAGAAGUUUGAAGGCGAAUUUCGCGUCUUAAAAAGAAUCACUCACAAAGGCGAAAUUAAUCGAGCCAGACACAUGCCCCAGAAUAGCAACAUGAUAGCAACAAAGUCUCCAUCGCAUGAUGUCUUUAUUUUUGAUACUAGCAAGUUUCCCGACGUGGCCCAAGAUGAUGUUUUUCGUUUUAAUCUGGCCUUGCGGGGACAUACAAACGGUGGCUUUGGGGUAGCCUGGAAUUCCCAAAAAGAAGGGAUAUUGGCUUCUGGCUCAGAUGAUGGGGUCGUUUGUAUCUGGGACAUUAAUGCCAAACCGGUCACAACCCCAGUUGAAGAAGGAGUUAACUCACCCGCUGUGGAUGCUUACACCAAGCAUUCUGAACACACCUCGGUCGUGGAGGAUGUUGAGUGGAGUGUAUUUCAGCCACAUGUGUUAGCAUCUUGUGGUGAUGACAGGAAACUAAUUUUCUGGGAUACUCGCACCAAGACUUCUGCCCUGACUAAGGAAAAUGCUCAUGAUGGAGAUAUCAAUUCAGUUUCAUUGUCUCCAGUUUUCGAGAACGUAGUUUUGACGGGUGGUUCAGACAAGACUGUGAAAAUAUGGGAUACUCGCCGAUUUGAUAACUCCAUCCAAACGAUUCAACCAUUCAAAGAUGCUGUGAUGAAUGUACAGUUUUGUAGUACAACCAUUGCAUCCGCUGGAAAUGAUGGGAAAAUUUAUAUCAUGGAUGUUGCUCGUUGUUCAUCUACCAGUUCUUCAAACGAGAGUGACGAAGUCAGUAUGCCCAAGGAGUGUGUAUUUUUCCAUAGUGGGCAUGUCUCCGCAAUCAACGACAUUUCCUAUGCUAAUGGAAUGUUUGCAUCCGUUUCAGGAGAUAAUAUUCUUCAGGUUUGGGAACCAACUCUACCACUUUUAGAAAUCAAAUAACGAUGCAUAUAAAAUGCGUCAACCAUAUAAUUCUUCAAGAUCAAUAUAGUUUUGUAACCUAUUUGUUGGCAUAAUAUGUCAAAUAUGUUUUUGAAUCCAAAUUGUUGCUCUUCUUUUAAUUGUCUAUUCGUUCAUUUGUUAAUUUUCUUGCCUAGACAUACAUAUGCUUAAACAUAAUUGGUUGUGUUGCUUUCUACUUGUUUUAAAAAUUAUCUAUGGUCAUAAAUAAUUUGAUUGAAAUGUAA